UUGAGCUUACCUCAGUCUGCGGCGGCGGCGACUUUUCCGGUUUUGCCAGCGCGCGCGUCUUUGUGCUUUGGCUAGCCGCAACAACCGGCUGACUCCGAACAAGAUGCCGACGCUCGGCCAGAUAGCCCUCAAGGCAGUCCGGCCUAAUCAAGAGCUGGCAGUCUCCUAUGCACUCCUUGCUGCCGUCCUGCGUCGGCGGAGAUACACCCGCAGCGAAGUUAUCGCCUUGUUCUUGUUAUCACUCAAUUGGCCCAACCUGCCCUUUGUAUGGCACGUGCGGAUGUUCAUUCGUGUGCCGCUCUUCAGGCUACGGGUAUGGCUGUAUGCCAACGGAUGGCUGAGCCCACCCAAACGGAGUCUGAGCCUCGGUCUCCACGGUAGAGAGCAUGCACUGGCGGCGAUAGGUCGUUCGCCCUGGGCCCUGCGCAACAGCUUCUCUCGAUAUGCAGGCUGGGCUGGCAUAGACUGGAACAACCACCUCUCCAAUUCUUCGUACGCGACCUCGUUAGACAACGCACGCAUGCGCCAUCUGAUCAUGGUCUGGGGAUCCUGUCUACGCUUCGACGGCGUCGCGUUCGCCCUUGCUGGCACAGAGUUUGAGUACAUACGGGAGGUACCCAUGCUAGAAUCUUACGAAGUCGAAACGCAUAUCCUCACUUGGGAGGACAAAUUCGCUUACCUGUUGCACCGCUGGCUUAUCAAACCCUCGGGCAAGGACCCCAACGAGAUCAAGGGCACGCGAACGGGCAAGCGUGCGACAGUGGCAGCCAUCGGGCUUUCGAAGAUCUGCUUCUCGGUCAGCACCGUGCCACAUCCCAACGCGCCCGAUCAGAGCAAACGUCGAGUACGCCAGACAGCUCAUCCCGGCCGCGUAUUUGCAUUGUCUGGCUACGGCACAUCAGUCUCCAAUUGGUCCCUAGCUAAAGAUUUGCGAAAAGCGAAGCAAAGCCGACAAUGGCUGGCGGGUCAUCCUAACACGAUAGCACCUACCGAUAUUGGCGAUGGUCAGCUAGCCUUUGAGCAGAAGCGAGCAAGACUCGCAGAGAUCCUGUCUAGGCUCGCCGGUGGUGACCGUAGUGUCUGGCGUGAGCUGCUGAAAGCUUCAGACGAGGACGAGGCGUUGUGCGCAAUUUAAGUUACGCCGAUCCCGUCGACCCGCCAGAUAGAUAAUCUGGAUCGUAUGGUUCUGCUUGUUGCACAUGUUCUCACUGCGCGCUCCUACUCAAUCGCAAUAUGGUCUUGGCAAGAGUGUGUCAGCUCGUUGGAGCAUUGAUCCUCGCACAGUUUGCCUGGCGUAUUGCUAACGCAAUCUAUAUGUACUUCAUCCGAGCCC